CUACUUCCACUUUUCUCCCUUUAUAAAUAACCCAUUUUCACAUUUCUUAUCUUCAUUCCUUUCAACAACAACAAAAAAAAACAAUCAAUAAGGAGAUUUUUUUAAAAUUAUAGAUUCAAUGGAUACAAACUUGGGAGACACAGUUUUUUCUAUUGACCUUAACAUAAAUCCCUCAUUGCACAACAUAAAUAGAAGUCCGCGCGAGACGUUAGAUGAAGAACUGAUUAGGAUGAGAGAAGAGAACAAGAAGUUAGUAACAAUGCUAACAUCUUUGUGUGAGAAGUACAAUUCCUUGCAAACUCACCUAAUUGAGUUGCUGCAAAAAUACUCCACUCAUAAUGAAGAGGACAAUUCCAAAUUAUUAUUAUCAAGGAAAAGAAAAGCUGAAGAAGAGUGUUGUGUGAAUAAUUGUGAAGAAGCAUCACCAAAGAGUCCAAGGGAAAUCACAACCAAUGUUUCAACUGUUUGUGUUAAAACUAAUCGCUCCAAUCAAACCUCAGUAGUGAAGGAUGGAUAUAACUGGAGAAAAUAUGGUCAAAAAGUGACUAGAGACAACCCUUCUCCUAGAGCUUACUACAAGUGUUCAUUUGCACCAACAUGCCCUGUCAAGAAGAAGGUACAAAGAAGUAUGGAAGAUCCAUCAAUUUUAGUAGCUGUAUAUGAAGGGGAGCACAACCAUCCUCACCCAUCCCAAGCUGAAAUAACAGUGCCAUUAAUCAACCAAGAUGUUGUUAUAACAGAUCAAAGACUUUUUGACAAAUUCAUGGAAGAUAUUAAUGACACAAAUUCAUUACAACAACAUUUAGUCGAACAAAUGGCGUCCUCCUUGACCAGCAACCCUAGGUUCACAGCUGCCGUUGCUGCAGCCAUCUCUGGAAAAAUCUUUGAAUAUGAUUUGCCUUUCAAAUAAAGAAAAAUUACAGUUACUCAAACGGUUUCUGUUUCUUUAAUUGAGAUUAAAAUUAGCCUAAUUUAAAUUUUACUAUUUUGAGAUCGAUGUUUUUUUGUUAUAAUAAUAUUUCCCCAGACUUAAUUAAUGUGAAGGUGCUUGACUUGACAUUGAGAAUGUAAGAAAUUCUUUUGAAACUUCUGAUCUAAAAUAAGUGUCUGUUUAGCUUC